UUUUUUUAAUUUCUUCCCAAUGGAUCUUGAAAUGAACUUCAGUCUUUCUUUCUUUUUCUUGGCCUUGAUUCCAAUGGCGGUUGCUGCAUUCCUGGUACAUUUCAAGGGGUAUGAGAGCAGAAGCAAGAAGAAGCUACCACCUGGAGAAAUGGGGCUUCCCUGGAUAGGCGAAACGAUAGAUUUCUACAAGGCUCAAAAGAAGAACAAGCUGUUUGAGGAGUUUGUUCAACCGAGGAUACACAAGUACGGCAAAACAUUCAAAACGAGGAUCAUGGGGUCACCAACGGUGUUGGUGAACGGAGCAGAGGCAAACAAGUUUUUUCUGUCCAAUGAAUUCAAGCUGGUUGUGAGCUCAUGGCCUUCGUCGUCAGUUCAGCUGAUGGGGAAGAAUUCCAUCAUGGAGAAACAGGGCGAAGCACACCGGUUCAUUCGGGGGAUUGUAGCCUCUAGCCUUGGCUGUUUAGGCCUGGAGACAAUGGUGCCUAAAAUAUGCAAAACUGUUCAGAUGCAUCUACACAAUAACUGGCAGGGGAAACAGAUAAUCAGCCUCUUUCACCUCACAAAAAUGUUGACUUUCAAUAUUGUGUUUGAAUGCUUGUUAGGCAUUGAUGUGAAACCAGGGCUUUUAGACACAUUCGAGAGAGUCCUGGAAGGUGUGUUUGCUCCCCCAAUCGCGUUUCCUGGCUCCAAGUUUUCAAGGGCCAAAGGAGCAAGAUUAGAGAUAGAGAAGAUGCUGAUCAAUGUUGUGAGAAAAAAGAAGGAAGAAAUUGACGUUCAUGGAGAAAAAGAAGAAGAAACACUACUUUCCAGAUUAGUAACAGCUAUGAUAAACGGGGAGAUAAGUGAGGAAGAGGUGGUUGACAACAUAGUUCUGCUAGUUUUCGCAGCACAUGAUACUACUACUUUUGCUAUAGCCAUGACAUUCAGAAUGUUGGCUCAACAUCCAAACGCCUAUUCUCUUCUCCUUCAAGAACAUGAAAGUAUCUUAAGCAAUAAAAGACCAGAUGAUGAACUCUUAUCAUUGGAAGACACAAAGAAUAUGAAAUAUACCUGGCAGGUUGCUCGCGAAAGCAUGAGGCUGUUCCCUCCAAUAUUUGGCUCUUUCAGAAAGGCAACUGCAGAUAUUGAAUAUGAAGGGUUUACCAUUCCUAGAGGCUGGAAGGUACUAUGGACCACAUAUGGAACACAUUACGAUGCAGAGCACUUUCAAGACCCUCUGAAGUUUGAUCCAAGUAGGUUUGAGGAGCCAAUUCAAGUUCAACCUUAUGCAUAUAUACCAUUUGGGGGAGGGCCAAGGUUGUGUGCAGGCUACCAACUGGCAAAGCUAAAUAUACUAAUUUUUGUGCAUUAUGUGGUAACCCAAUACAACUGGUCCUUGAUAAAUCCCGAUGAGCCUAUUACCAUGGAUCCCCUUCCAUUCCCUUCCCAAGGAAUGAAUAUCAAAAUUUCCCCCAAAUUGAAAUAAAUCAUGGAUUUUGUAUGUUA